AUAGGCCGGAGAGGGAUGUGAAACUUGUUUGGAAAGCAGAAAAACUGCCGAGUUGCACAUGAGCAGAAACGGCACAUCACAGGACAGAGUGGACAUCGUCCAAGGUUCAGAGAAAACGGACCGAGCGGGUGGUCAUUCAGGUGAGCUCCACUGUGACCAGACCUCCAUUGAGUAAGAUGUUCGCCAUCCUGGCCUUUGUUCUGCUGACCACAGCAUCUCUGUCAUCUACUGACAACAGCUGCCCCGGACUACCAGGCAUUCCAGGUAAACCAGGAGCCAAUGGAAGAGAUGGAGAAAAAGGAGAACGUGGUGAUAGAGGUGAAGAUGAGCUCCUUAUUAAGGGUCAGAAAGGAAACAAAGGAGAACAAGGUGGAGCUGGCAAGAUUGGUCCCCAGGGAGAGCCAGGUCUGUCAGGUCCUGCAGGUCUGCCUGGCCCAAAAGGUCUACCCGGUGAAACUGGGGAGGCAGGGGCCACUGAAGGGACAGUCUUCUCAGUGUCAAAGUCCUCAAAUAUGCCUGCCCGGAAAGACUUUCCUAUUCGUUUUGACCGGAAGCUUCUGAGGAGUGAUGAAUCUGUCAAGAUUGACUUGAGUCAAUUUACAUGCAGAACCAAGGGGCUCUACUACUUCACCUAUCAUGUCACCUCCCGGGGGAACCUGUGCCUCAACUUCAAGAAGAACAGACAGAAGGUGGUGGGCUUCUGCGACCAUGUGCAAAAUACUUUCCAAGUCAGCUCUGGCUCAGUGGUCCUGGAGCUGAGCCCCAAUGACCUGGUCUCCCUGGAAACCACUGAAAAGAAUAACAUCCUUGGCUCUGAGGGGGCUGACAGUAUCUUUACUGGCUUCCUGCUCUUCACACUGUAGCAGCGUCUUAAAGACCCCACACUCUCAUCUCUUGAUCUUGCUCUGGCCAGUGAAGUCUGACUAGCCUGGCCAGUACCAUUUGGCGUAACUGGCUAGUCCUCCUCUAAUUUGACCCUAGAGGUGAGCUACAUGGCUAUUGGCUUUUCUAGCACUUCUUAAGGUGCUUCUGAUGAUGUCUUGUGCUGUUGGGUUAGUGAAUACCACCACAAGUCCUUGGAACAAGACCGCAACUAGCUGACCAAUCCAGUGUCCAGUCCCACCUUCAUCAUCUCAGGCAGGCCUGCUUUUAAAAUCACAAUUAAUGUCUCUGUCUUUGCUUCACUCAAAAUCAAUAAACCAACUAACUUGC